CUUAUAAUGGGCUCUAAACAAUUAUUGUCACAUUUUUCUUUCAUUAUUAACGAAGUACAUUUCCUUUAAAGUGUACAAUGAAAUUAAAGUUCUGCUUUUGGAUGUAUUUGCUGAUGAUGUCUUGUCAAGUUCUCAAAGUUAAUUCUACCGAAAAAAAGAAGUUCAAAUUAAGAAUCAGCGGUGGUCAAGCAGUUAAUUCCAUUCAACUCCCAUAUGUUGUCGCCCUUCUGUCUCACACCAGAUACAUAUGCACCGGUUCGGUUAUAACCCCUUCACACGUCAUUACCGCCGCCCAUUGUACCUAUACUCGUCAAGCCUCGGAACUUUUUAUUCGCGCUGGAUCAUCUUUGCGGAAAUCCGGGGGUGUAGUCGUCGCUGUCAGCCUCAUCAUAAACCACCCUUCCUUUAAUUCUAAAAACAUGGACUACGAUGUAUCUGUCUUAAAACUCCUACAACCCCUGACUUACAGCCAGUUUAUAGCCCCCAUACCUCUAGCAAAUCAAUCCCAUUCGUGGAGUCCAGGCACUCCUGCACUAGUGAGCGGUUGGGGGUUUACAAAAGUUGGCCAAACAGAGGAUUCAAGAGAAUUACAAGCGACAAUGAUCGAGUUGAAAAAUGCAAAGAUUUGUGACGAGGAGUUUGUCCCUUAUACUCUUACUCCCAGAAUGUUAUGUGGAGGACUUUUGGAACAAGGAAAGAAUUCUUGUAAGGGAGAUUCUGGAGGACCCUUGAUUAUUAAUGGGUUGCUAGCAGGGAUUGUGUCAUGGGGGGCAGAGACCAAGUGUGGAUUAUUGGGAGUUCCAGCGGUUUACAGUAACUUGCCGGUUCUAAGACCUUUUGUGGAUAUUGCCCUGAAAAUUUAAAGCAUUUUUUUUAGUCUAAACCGUGCUAUACUAUUUAUAAGUAGCUGAAAAUUUGUUUUUGUUUCUAUAGUCUAAAUCCGGCCCGGUGAUUAAUAUUUCUUUUACAAGAAAAAAAUAAAAAUUACGCCAACUACUAAUUUUGAACUUCCGUUUAAUGAAAUUUAUCUUGAAGAAAAUUAUUCUAUUCGUUGCAUUAGGCCAGAAUUUAACGAGUUUUAUAAUCUGUUUAUUAAUAAAUCUAAAAUAUGUAUUUUAUUUGUUUUUGUGUUUGCAUGUGUUUAUUGUGAGCGAGACUUCGGAUAUGAGUUAGAAAUCACUAAAAAGGUUGAAAAAGUAAGAACAGAAAAUAUGAAAUUUUAGAAUAGGUAAAGGCCAACACCACGUAAAAUUUUUCAGCUAAUUUUUUUUCUCAAUAAAACGUCCCAUAAAGAAACAAUGUUUUAUUUCUUUAUUGUCUAAGUUGUAUUAGAAUUCAAAUAUAGUACGCACUUUUUG